GGGCAAUACGUUCGAUUCCCUACGGCGAAAUUGAGGCAGCAAAAGCCUUUGGAAUGUCGCCUUGGAAACGCUAUACCCGCAUUAUUAUUCCGUCGAUGCUACGCCGAGCAUUGCCGUUUUAUGGUAAUGAAGUCAUUUUGAUGCUGCAUGCAACCACCAUUGCCUUCACUGCAACCGUGCCUGAUAUUCUCAAAAUUGCACGAGAUGUCAAUGCUGCCACUUAUGCCACGUUUGAUGCCUUUGGCAUUGCCGCUGUGCUAUAUGCCUGUCUGGCAUUUAUCCUCAUUUGGAUCUUUCGAGGACAACAACAGCGUGUUGCAAUUGCCCGUGCCUUAGCGAUGGAACCUGAAGUGAUGUUGUUUGAUGAACCGACCAGUGCUCUAGACCCUGAACUGGUGGGUGAGGUGUUGAAAGUGAUGCAAAGUUUGGCUGAAGAAGGCCGAACCAUGAUUGUGGUCACCCAUGAAAUGGGCUUCGCACGCCAUAUAAGUACUGUUACUUUUGGCACUGGUCGCCAAAUACACCGCACACUGCCCAAGAAUAAUUCGACACUCUGGCAUGCCCACCGCUUGAACAGAACGGAAGCAUUCUCCAGCAAGCAGCAGUGCAUUGGGGUU